AUCGACUCAAUAUGAAUCAAAUAGAAGAGGAGAAUUUAACCUAAAAAAAAUUAUAAACUAAACUAUACUUAAAUAAAAAAAAAUGGAAUCAGAGGAACAUUUAUUAUCAUUGAAAGUUAUGAGGUUAACAAGACCUACUUUAGCAAGUCCGUUUCCCAUUACCUGUGACAGCAAAGAUUUACCAGGAAAUUUAUUAAACAAUGCAUUACAACAAGAUCCUACAUCUGUAGAAGGUACAGAGACACUAUGUGCAGGACAGUUUUUACUACUACCACAAACACCUGUUAAUAUAUACUUGGGGGAAACAUUUUCUAGUUACAUUUGUGUGUAUAGUGAAGAUAAUAAACCUGUGAACAAUAUAAUGGUUAAGGUUGACUUGCAAACGAGUGUUCAAAGAAUAUCUCUGUCUUCUAACCCUCCAACUCCUCAGCUUCCACCUGAUAAGACUGUAGAUAUUGUUAUACAUCAUGAAGUUAAAGAAAUUGGAACGCAUAUAUUAAUUUGUGAAGUUACAUAUCAAACAGCAACAGGAACACCUAUGUCAUUCAGGAAGUUUUUUAAAAUUAUGGUUUUAAAACCAUUAGAUGUUAAAACGAAGUUGUAUAAUGCUGAAAAUGAUGAUGUGUAUUUAGAAGCUCAAGUACAAAAUAUAACUGCCGGUCCUAUUUGUCUUGAAAAAGUUGCUCUCGAUGCAUCACAUUUAUUCAAUGUGACAUCUUUGAAUUCAGAUACGAAAGGUGACAGUAUUUUUGGUAAAAUGACAAUGCUUAAACCGCAAGCAAUUUGUCAGUUUCUAUAUUGUUUAACUCCAAAUGAAAAAUUAGCGUCUGAUUUAAGAUUAUUAAGUGGAGCAACAAAUAUUGGUAAAUUGGAUAUUGUUUGGAGGUCUAAUUUGGGGGAACGGGGCAGGUUACAAACUAGUCAAUUACAAAGAAUGAGCCCCGAGUAUGGUGAUAUCCGUAUGACUAUAAUAGAACUUCCUAAUUUUGUAUCCUUAGAAAAAUUAUUCACAUUCAAAUGUAAACUUAUCAAUAAUUGUGAACGGACUGUGGAUUUAAUGAUUUAUUUGGAAAAUAUUGAGGGUAUUGCUUGGUGUGAUAUAUCUGGUCGGAAAUUAGAACCUUUGCUACCUUUGUCACAUACCGUUUUAGAAUUUAAAUGUAUACCUUUAUUACCAGGACUAAGAACUAUUUCAGGAAUUAAAUUACUCGAUACAUUCCUCAAAAGAACUUAUACUUACGAUGAAUUGGGUCAAAUUUUUGUUAUUGUUGAUGAUGGAACAGAAAGUACUGAAAAAUUUAACUAAUAUUCAAUUUUAUACAUCAAAAGAUAUAUUUUUAAAUAAGCUUUUUUUCAGCAUUAAUUUUAAUUAUAUACAUGUAUAUAUUAAAUAAAAACUAGAAUUUAAUAUUAUAAUUGUAAAAUAAUUAUAAACCAUUAAAAACUUUGAAUUUU